CGUGUGUCCGUAUGAUCUUAAAAAAAGGAAUUUCGCUCCGAAUAUCUGCAUCCUUAAAGCGACGUUGAAUUGGUGGUUCUCGCAUCAUCGACGUGUUCUUUUUUGGGCGUUCAAAAAAGAAGGAAAAAUAUCCAAUUCACCAUCCUACGGCGGGGAAAGUGUACCGACGACCCACAGGCAGGAAUUACGAGUCCCGUGGUCCAAAGUUGGAGGCGUGUGUGAUUUCGUGAGCAGUUUCCGACGGGAAUCGCAAGAAUCCUGUGGAAAUCAACGCAGUGUGAAGCAGAGCACAUUUCCAAAAAGAGGAGUGCUUGCCGCCAUUGUCGAAAAAUAGUCUGCCGUGUGUGUGGUGUGUGCUCUUUAUCAUCAUCUGCUGCGGAGCUGCCAAAAAAAAAGCAGCAGCUACCAAAAAAGUGCUGUGUCGCGUAGUGGAAGAAGAAGAAUAAGAGAAAGAGCUUUGCAUCGUAGACUGACGCGUCGCGGUCGUGUGCGUUCAGUAGUGCGAGUUUUGCGUGCGCCUGUGUCUGGAUGUGUGUGUGCGUAAGCAUCACCCUUUGUCAACGUUGUCAGUCUUCAUCUUCACCACCUCCUUCGUCGGGGCGUGUGUUUUCCUCCGCGACUCGGCAGUAGAAUCCUCCGUUGGAGAAAGCAAAGAAAGUUGAGGCCAACUUUGGAAUUAACCUACCAGCAGCUUACUUUGAAAAGCAGCAAAAAGUCUUAAAGUUGUAAAGGCUACCAAACCAGCAGUGCACCGUCGUCGACAACAGAAGUGUUCGGCUUUCUUUUCUCGCGCCGUGGCAGCCAAAGUGCAAUCACAGGGUCCUGGUGAAAGUGCAUGAAAGUGGCAGCAUUGCGAAAUACAAGCAGGGUUGGUAGUCACGUCAGUUUCGUGUUGACUAUCGCUUCUUUUAACUAAGUGUGUGAGAACGUGUACGUGAACGUGAAGCGAAGGAUUUGCUAAGAGGAGUAGAUUAAAAACCGAAGUUAAAUACCAUCAGGGAAGAAGCCUGAUCCACUUCUUCACACGCAUCCUGUUUCGUCCCGUACCUUUGUGGCGUUGCUGUCUUCGGCGGCGACGCUCGUGUCUUCUUCAGCGGCAGUUAACGCGGUUCCAAUCCGUUAUAAUCGCUAAUUCAAUGUGUAUGGCUUUAGUGCUGGUGCGGCUCGUUCCAACCUCUAUGGAGUUUCAGCUAGACAGCGCGGAAUACUGCCAGGCACAACACAAAUAAGCGAAAGGUGCGCUUUUUUCUGCCACACCUCCCUCACCACCCUGUUGCGAGUGUGAGAUUCCAACUGGAACGAGAAGGAUACGGAGUAAGGAGAAAGUCACCGGAGCGAAAGGGAGCGAGAUUGAGUGCAAGCCGUGCAAAGGGAGGAGUGCGUGAGCAAGCAGCAGCAGAGGAGGCAGCGCCGGAGAAAGCGAAUGUGAAGUAGCGCGCGAAGAUAGCUUAAGAUCGCGGUGCAGAUCAAGAGGUUGAGAGAGCUUGAAUGAGAAGCCCCGAGCUGGCGCAUACAUUGGAGAAGAAAGUGCUUCCCGACGUCGUCGCGUCCGAGCACAUGAGAUUGUUUUUGCCGUAGUAGGCGAACCGUCGGAAAACAGAACCAAAAAGCAGGCAUCGUCGUUGCCGUUUUGUGUCGACUUACCGUCAUCGUCGUGCCGUCGUCGUCGUCCUGAUUCGUGGUGUGUUCCGGAAGCCCUGGGAUUAGCCAUUCUCACCGAAUCGGAAGCGCGGACGUACUCACCUAGCGGAUCGUAGGAAGCACAUUGCAUUCAGUAUUUGCCAUCGCAACACACACCGAUCAGAUCAUUGCUUGCUUUGCUGUUACUAGACUGCUACACUACUUCAGUUUCGUCGCGAAAAGGAACUAUCCAGCCUACUACUGACCGCGCGUAUCACAACACGGUACCAACUGAGCUUUAAUAAUCCCAUCGUUUCGUCGCCGCGCUUAUGAGUUUGAUGUGUGCGGCCCCCAAUUGCUUUCUGCAACAGCGGCCAACCCGCUACCAUAAGUGUGUGCUUCAAGCGUAUCUUCGACAACUGCAGGCAAAACUCGGUGGCGUAAAAAUAAAUUGAGACUGAUUGUAAAAUAGAUCUAUUAAAAAUAGUAAAAAAAACGAACCAUCGUCUAAAUAAACCACAAGAAAUUUAAAAGUGACUCGUCAACGGAAAGAGCAGCGAGGAGGAAGAACAGAACGUUUUCCUUGGGCAAACAACGACGACGAUUGAUUUUGUAACCCAACCAACCGACCAAGUGAAAAUCGAACCGAACGGCACACAGCAAUACACACCUCCAUUCGUCCUGCUGCGGCUAUCAAGAACAACCGCCUCCCUCCCCCAAAAGCUUUGUCCGAGUUUGAUGCAGGAAGCAGCAGAAACCAUUGUUCCACCGACUUUUGGCCGACGUUUAGUCAGCGAGAACGAGUAGUGAAUCUUGUAACUGAAGAGUAGCAGCAUAUUUACGUGCAGGAGGAAUCCUAGGCGGCGGUGGAAUGCAAACAAGUGCAUAAUUUCAAACGCUUCAAGUGUAAAGAUAAACUUUUAGAUACGUGUUGCGCAUCCUUCGCUGUCUAGAAGGGAAUAGCGGAUUUUUUAAACUAACUACGUAUUGUACGCCGGAAGCAUAUCUAUAUCCCGUGGUUGUCUCAUCCCUUUUGCAACCAUCGCUUCUGACCGUGGAGCAUCGGAACGGGGGCGGAAAAUAAACAAUAUAUGCAGAGUGUGUGUAUCGCUGCGACGAAAGCGUUUUUUUGGUCAAAGCGCGCAGCUCUUUGAAUAGGCUGAAACAACAAUUCUACUGCUUUGCGUGAAGCACAGGAACAGAAGGAACAAUCUUGUUCUGUUUUUGGAACCCACUGGCCGGGGAGAACUCGCCGAUGCGAUAAAAGAUAAGCGCUGUGCGAGAAAAUAAGAUAAAUUGCCUGGUUCGGCCCGAAGGUGAUACGUGCCAGAUCGAGUGAGUUCUCUAUAGUCAACCGCGUCUGUUGCCAGAGUGUCAGCAUCAGCGUUCACCUGCAGUUUUCCAUACGCAUGAAAAGUAUAGGCGCUGGAACUGAUAGAAUUUUGAAUUAAUUUCGCCAUACGUUGCAACAUUUAGAACAACUCUAUUCCGUACCCUGAUCUACUCGUGUCUUUUAUGAGUUUCACGAAUUCUAAAGAUCGAAUACCUGUAACUUCUCCUGGAGAAAACUGAACGACCGCGGACGGACUGGUGUGUGAAGAUAAGAUAAAACAUUAGUGCUAGCUCUACCAUUCGCUGCAGUACGCGUCACCCCGCGUGCCUCGUGCCGACGUUGGGUUUUGGAAUCUUCAAUAGUGGGAUAAAACCGCACGUUCCUUCGCCACUGUUUGCCCGUUAUUUUUUUUUCCUUCGUGGAGCUACAAGAUAAAGCAACGUGCAGCGGUCGCCACUCCCGGUUGGGGACAACUACCAGGACCAUUAUUUGCGGUUGCGCAUCGGAUUUUUAAAGAUUUAUAUAGAUUUUUGUUUGGAUACUGUCCAUUUUAAGCGUUUCGUUCUGUGACACGAAUAUUGUAAGUUCAUUCAGAAUAUUAGUACUGUUAGUUUGUUCGAAGAAGAGUUCAACACGCUUGAUCGGAGGAUCACGCUACUAGAGACCACACACUCUGAGGCAUAAAGAAUCGAUUCAAGUUUUCGUUAUUUUGUUGUAAGGACGGUAAGGAGAUACACAAAGGAGAGAAAAAAAAGAAUUGUGAGCAUCUGUAAUAGCCUAAAAAGGAGAAAUUAAAUAGUAAACAAACCAAGGCGGACUCAAAGAAGAAUUCUACAUUGAAGCCACGUAACUACGAUACAAUAGAAAAAGAUUCGUUUUCGAAGAACCGUGAAAGAGAUUUUUAUGACAACCCUCAUCAUGCGUCAGAAGGAUAUCAGACCUGCUCCGGCUCGGAUCGAGUUUAAGGGAAUGAAAUUCCUGAUAACCGACCGACCAUCGGACGCCACCAUUCCCGGAUACAUUUCGGAACUGAAGAAACAUAACGUCUCGAUAGUGGUUCGCGUAUGCGAGCCAAGCUAUAAGACCGACGAGCUGGCCAAGAACGAUAUCAUCGUGCGUGAUCUCGCGUUCGAGGAUGGCACCUUCCCGCCGAACGAGAUAGUGAUGGAAUGGUUUGAAAUUUUAAAACAAAACUUUCUGUACAGAUUCCAGGAGGACCCGGAGGCGUGCGUGGCGGUGCACUGCGUGGCAGGCCUUGGCCGGGCACCGGUUCUGGUGGCACUAGCUUUGAUUGAACUAGGACUUAAGUACGAGGCAGCUGUAGAAUUGAUUAGAGAUAAACGAAGGGGUGCUAUUAAUGCCAAACAACUAUCAUACCUAGAAAAGUAUAAGCCCAAGUCACGAUUAAAGCACAAAAAUGGUCACAAGAACUCGUGCUGCGUGCAAUAAAACUAUCAAAAUUCCCACCAGUUAAAGUGUUCAUUUUAAGCAAGAGACAAAAAACCAGAUACCGAGCGGCGAAAGCAACAGCAAAACAAAGAAGUAACGCAAAUUAACGAAACACAACAAACUACUAGAUUGGUAGAAUCAAACAUGGAUUAAGUUACGACACAACCACCACCACCACCACCACCAUCAGUACAGACAAAACCACGCAAGUGGACACGGUCAUAGGCGAUGGUAGCUGGCAGCGAAUGAUCGAACGGGAGCGACAGAACACGCAUAACCGGGCCACUAGUGAGUGCAAAAACAAAUCAACAAAAACAGGUGAUAGGAUGGCGAAAUGUUCCGACAGACCGGCUGUAAGUAGAAUAGAACGGAAAGAAACGCGUGGCACGAUAGAAACGAAAGAGAGUUGAGAAAAUUAGCAGUACAUCGGCAGCUCUGGAAACGAGUUUUAAGCAAGAUAUCUUUUUGUGAGUUACAAUUAUUUAAACUUAAUUUUCAAGCGUGAUUUAUUUUGUGCCCGACGCGCCCUUGACGCCAUAAGCGGUUAAUGUGCUGUUCUGUGCUCGUGUUCGGUCAUUCUGCCCCCUUAAGAAAGGUCACCACUGAGCUCCACUACCGCACAGGAGAGGAGAAACAACCAAUUGUAUGUGUACAGCUUGUGUAUUUGUUUUAAACUAAUUAACAUUCAUUUCGAAUCCCCCCUCCUGGGUUGGGUGCCCGUAAUAUAACGCAAUGUUUCACACCUCCAUCGCACCGAAAACGACGCGGCAGAGGUCGCCAGUCCGAUUGCGGAAUGCGUCGUAGAUCACCAUCAUCCAUGAGUAUAUGUUAUGUAAUAAUUGAAAUAUUCAGUAGGGAAAGCUUAGUACCGAGAACUCCAAUUAGGACAGGGUAUGCGAGCCUAAAAUAAAAAUAUAUGGAAAGGCUUUAAUAUCAAGUCCAUUAAUAAGAAAUUGGAGGCAGGAUCUUCCUGGCAUGGAGGCGCAGGUCUUAGCGAAACGCCUGUGUUUAAGUAGCUAAUAAUUUGUAUGUACACUCCUAGAAUGCCGAAGAUGAAGGGAGAAGAGGGCAUCUACUGUGCCUGCUGUUGUAGGUGUCUCAUUUCACCCCAUUAGUUCAAUCAUUCAAUCAUACUUUGCUGCUUUUUGUUUGAGGUCCUUCGAACAACAAGCAAACUAUAACGGGACAAACAAUGACCCAAAGGUUUUAGCAAAACGAAUGGCCAAAACGGUAACCUUUAUUUUUUGUUUACAACUGCAGUGGUUCAUCACGAGAGCUUCGGAUUCGUUUCUUCCCUCCCGCUUUUUGCUAGAUCUCACUUUUGAUUCUGAGAAGAAAAUAGGUACCGCAUUCUUUUGCUGUAUAUUUGUAGCAUUAUUUAUCACACCCAUCAAGCACAUGCGGAUUUUGCCUAUAUUAUUCCAAAUGAUUCCCGCUUUUAAAGAUUGGCUCGAUUGGUUCAGCGAUCGAACAGUUAACGCAAACUUUAUGUUAAUAAUUAUUUAGGAUUCAUAUCGAAACAAAAGUUGUGCAAUAUGUUUUUUAGUUUCACCGCGAUAAAGCAUGAUAGAACCGAUACAUAGGUAACCGAUAAUUUGAUGCAUAUUACCGUACCAGAUUAAUCCACAGUCCGCGCUUGGGUAGUUAAAAUACCUAACCUACACAUAUCUGAGUAAAAUGGCAAAGAACUCAUCAAUCUGUGAUCGUAGAAAUAUGAUCCGAUAUCUAGCACUAGUUUAGUUCGAUUUAAUCUAGCCAAGAUUUUUAGUAUCAAUCAAACCUUUCUCUAGAACCCCGAGCUCCAUCGUGUGCUACAUUCCAUAGAAGCCUCCCAACGGCCACCCAACUUUAAAUCAACUGAACCUUACUCGUGCACAUAUUUUUAUAUAUAUUUUAUUUAAUCGUUCCCAUAGAAGAAACAAUAUCCCUACAGCAGCUACUCAUAGUUCUUCUCAGUUUCGAAGAGUAGCCACUUUAGUAGGCGAGAAAAAGGAGAUCCUGGCUUUGAAAUAUGCUCUCGUGUUGAACCAUUGCUGCUUUUAUGAUUUACCAAGGACUUGAUGAGAAAGCGUAGAUUUUAUUGUAAAUCAUUUUUUUUAUUUUCCUCAACCACCGAAUCUUCCGGGUUUUGAAGCUCGGACCGUGAUCGAUAUCAUCAUCCGCUGUAUGCAAAUAGAAGAUGCCCUCAUCAACGCUUAUUCAUAUGCAGAGAUCGAGGAGGACCGUGGGUCCUGGAGACCACGAAACUAGGCCCAGUACACGACAAAUUAUUCUAGCCAAUGAACUAUUACAAUGAGAAGCGACGCUUGCACUUGUAUCUGGCGUGCAUGUGCCUGACCUUAUGUGUACGCUAUGUAACACGUACUUUUCGUUGAUUUCGUACAAAUUCGUUCAUAUUCAUAAGUCAUUCUUUUUGGGUGUGCGAUACGAUUCAUUUGUCCAUCCCGCACGCACGUAACUGAGAAACUAACUUAACACGUAAUUCAACACUUAACUCAACUGAGUCAAAAGGCGUUAGUGACCACAUUUUCUGUGAUAAUAAAAAAUGAGACAAGCUACGAACAGCUACUAGAUACACCACCCAGCUUACUACAACUCAUCGGAUAUUGAGCUUUAUAUUUUUAAGUUGUACCGAACGGCGAUGGCAAAAAGAAGGAAGGAAGGUUGUAGCGGCAUUUUCCAUGGAAGAGUUUGAAGUUUUCAUACGUUUUAUUUUCUGUGCCUGAUAAACUGUUUAAAAUAUUGUCGCCUUGGAACAAAUGGACGGGCACAUGCACGCCUUAGGCAAUAAGGAACGAACUCUGGACGAACUUAAGUAAUCCGCGAGAAGGAGCAAACGUAUCCCUAAAAACAAACAAUCAGUCAGUCAGUAUGUCCUAACGGAAGUAAAUGGAUUGACGUUGUUUAUUACGUUCGUAAGAUGACUCAAACAAUUUGAAACACUUACUAUCGCGACUGAUACUCGCGGCAAACAUAAACUACAUAAAAAGCAACAAGCAUACAUUAAGCAUAACAACGGGUUGCACCGCAAUCAUUCUAAUACCGCUGCGGCAGCAGCAGCCGACUACAUUACACACUCUAAAACUAGCUAAAUGGGCGCGAAGACAAGCCUCUAGUAGUGGAAGUGGGAGCGGGUGUUUGCGGGACUCGUACCGCCACAGCGCAUUGUGGCGAGAUUUGAUUGGAGGAUGGAACCUACGAGAUAUAUUAUAUAUAUUAUAUUAUACAGCUGUAAGUAACUGGCGACCCGAAAAAAAAACCAUUUAAAGAAAAGCAGAGGUGACCAACCGAGGAAUCUAAAAACACAAAAACAUAUAAAACAAAAUUAUCGAAAAGCACUAAAUAAAAAGGAAGUAAACAAAACAACACCCGACGUUCAUACGGCGUACAUAUUCGUACAGCAUUUCGGCGAUGAUGAUGAUGAUGAUGAUGGACGACAAGAACAACAUAUUCAUAUUUUAUACAAACGAAAAGGGUAAAGAGUCGCGCGAUUUUGGACGGUAUUCGCUCAGGUUGCAGGGAGAAAACAGAAGGCAAAAUGUGGUUCUUGAAAUGGAGUUCAGUGAGCGAUUGUGAAAGAAAUGGAUCGGAGUGUUCGAGAAAAACGGUGGCCGAAAGCAGAAGAAAAAAAAGGAAAAGACACUUAACAGCCACGGUGUCCACCGAUGGCAGACCGGAACCGGAAAGUAAAGGGCAGGCAAAUAAA